CAUCAAAGCGCUCGGAAAAUAAAUUUACUAGUCCGAGGAAAGAACGUUAAGAACCCUUGCAUAAACCUUUUUCGUCGCUCUCAUUUUCUUGGUUUAUUAGGGAUAUCGAUCGCUAAUUCCCUUCGGAUUUCAGUAGGAAACAUUAUGAAAUAGGGUAGAAAAACUUAUUUCUUGAAUUCAAUCUCUUUAGAAGAAACGAUGGCUUUUGUAAUGGAGGAAGAAUUGAAACUUGAUAAACCCUUGAAUUAUGAAAUGGGUCUGGUGGAAGAACUGGAAAUUCCUAUUGCGAAGAAGAAUUGGUGCACAGAGUUGGAAACUCGAGUUUUAACGGUGGCAGAAGAAGAAGAAGAAAGUUCAAGUUUGAGAUGUCUAGAAUCCGGCGGAAAGACAGUUGUGGAUCCAGGAACUUUACAAGAUGAUGUUUCUUACGGCGACAAAGCUGGGAAGAGAGAAAUGAAUGAAGUUCAGAGUGAAAAUGGAUGGAAGAAAGAGAAGAUGGUCACCGACUCUUACCACCCAUCUCCACCGCAUACAGGUGUACAUGUUACAGGUCCAAUGACUAUCGACAGGCAACAUGAGCCUUCUCUAGGUACGAAAGAACGCAAGAAGAAUAGGGGUUCAGGGUCCAAUGUGGAAGUUGAAAACAAAGCAAGAAAGAAGAUAGAUUUUGAGACAGAAGAGAGGAAGGUAGCCCUCUUAGGGCUUAAUAGUGUAAAACCAGCAGACAUUAUUGAUAUCAGUGAUAGCGAGGAUGAAAAGGAGAUUAGUCCAACGCGUACUUGUGAGAUUGGAGGCAAAGAAAGGCUGAUUGAGGUGGACAAUGUAAAUGAUCCGACAUCCAAGAAGUGCUUAGAAAGACCAUUUUCUGACCAGAGAGGAGAGGAGUAUGAUGUCGGAUUUGAGGCGGAUAGUAUUCCAUUAUCUACUACACCAAAAAGGAAGAGGCGGUGGAGAGUUUCAAGUGAUAGUGAUAGUGAAGAGGAUGAUACAGUUCCAAUUAGUAAACUUUUUGGAAUUACUAUGCCCAAACACUCUCCAUCGAGUCCAUGUAAUAAGGAUGUUGCUGUCUCUCCUGAGGGUCCAAAUGUCGAAGAAUUAGUGACCCCUCUAAGGCGAAGACUGCUGUCACUGAGAGAGCGUGAAGAAAAGAAGAGUCGGGUUGAUGAAACAUCAAUUUAUGAAAAUACAUCUCCUAAUAAUGUGAAAACUGGCGCGUCAUCACAAGGAGAGUUUUGUGACGUAACUGCUGAGAGUGACGAGGAGUUAGUGGCAGAAGAGGCUGGUUCUGAGAGUGAGGGUGACAGUUUGGAUGAAUUUAUUGCAUCAGAUGGUGAUGGUGAUGGUGAAAUUUCUGAUAGUGGAGAUAGUUCUAGGGACGCAGAAGAUACGGUGGAUAGUGAUGUGGAUUUUGAUCAGAUUCUAGGAAUGAUAGAGAGGAGAAAAACUAAAGAUUCAAAAUGGAAAGAUGAGGGCUACAUGCUUUCUUCCUUCGGAAAGGAUCCUAUCCUCUGUAUGAAAGCUGUCUGUGCACUAUAUCGGCAGCAAACAGCUGAGGAAAAACUAAUGAAAGGCUCAGUGCAUCUCAAUAAGCGAGGGUUCAGCAAGUUUGAUGCGCACAGGGGAACCUAUUUAGCCGAGUUCCUGACAGAUGGUAGUCAAGAAGGUGAGUUGGUGAAAUCUGUCAAGGAGCUGGAGAUGUUCGAUUUUAAAGGACUUGAAGAUUGUCGAAAGUUAGCUAGUCGUUACUCAAAGCAAUUAUUCACCAUUUAUCAAAACAAAGAAGAUCCUUUAUUUGGUCCUUCUCAGGUUUAACAACCUGAGAUGGAAAUCAAAUGGUGUAACUUUUUUAUGGCUGUAAAGUAGAGAUGUACAGUAGGUCGCCCUAAUCUAAAAAUUUAUAUAAGUUAUUUUCUGGUAGACAUCGUUUUAGGGUGUGUUUAAGCAUGCUAUGAAGUUGGCUCGGUUGUGUUAUAUGUAUGUGGUUGAGCCAAGGGUGAUCUAUUGAAAAUGUUUUAGAAACUCCUCGCAGCCUACUCGCGAGAAAGGCUUUUAAGAGAUCAU